AUGCUUCAGCGGAAUCAGGAGAAUGGGCGCUGGUUUUGCCACGUGCUGCAACUCGACCUCGGACGCUUAGCUGCUUCGUUGUUCGGAGCAGAGUGUCACAGAACAGACGGUAAUGGUGCGGGUUUGGCAAACAAGGGUUUCGCAUGCGCGUCCUUGUCGCAGGAAUCGGCUGAGCUCAAGGUCAGCUCGUCUGCGUUGGGGGGUGAUGGCGUCUCAUCGUCGAUGGUUGUUGUGGAUGCGAAGGAAUUCGGUGCUCGGUAUAAUGCAAGAUCCACGGCUAGAAGGAUGCAGAGAUCACCCACGAAGGUUCAAGAGAAGAGUGCAGUCACUGAUCUUCCGAUUUGCCCACUGCAUGGGGUGACUUUGGCCUUCAUGGAGGAGUUUGGCAACACACACAAGUCCAAGGUCAGCCAGGAAAACUUUUCCAUAGGUGGCUUGUGCUUCCACAUCAUCAAGCCACUGACCAUGUUCAAGGGUGGCAAGUUGUGUAUCUCUGCGGAGGACGCUGAUGAGCUUCUGUCUUAUGCCGAGGUCGGCUUCCGGCAGGACUUGAAGGACAAGAAGAAGCAGCCCUGCUUCAUCACGAUGGCACAUCACUUUGUCUCGCAUGCUUGGAGGUAUAACUAUUCCACUUUCUUGGAUGCACUGGAAACUUGGGAUGCACAGAAAGGCGGUGGUGUUACAACAUACUUUUGGGUGGACGCAUUCGUGGUCAACCAGCACAUUGCUGAUUCUUAUCCUAUGGAAUGGUGGUCUACGCGAUUCGCCCAAGCUGUUGGUGAUGUUGGAAGCACCAUCCUUGUCUCCAUGCCCUGGGAGGAUCCCACUCCAUUGAAGCGAGUUUGGGUCAUCUGGGAGAUCUUCUGCGCAUACCAGACGGGUGCCCGAUUCGACAUUGCCAUGCCCAGGAAGGAACUGGAUGGUUUCAGGGCGGCGCUGAUUACAUCCUUCCCCAAAGUGCAGACCGCUUUGAGCAAAGUGGAUGUGGAGCUUAGCAGUGCUUUCCACAAGAGCCACCAGGAUAUGGUUCAUGACGAGAUCAGGCGAACGAUAGGAUUCACAAAGCUGAACGAAAUGGUUCAGCUGCGCAUGACACGCUGGCUUAUUGGCAUGGCCACCAGUGAGUUGCAGAGCAUGAAGGAGAAUGCAACUUCGGCAAACUGGAAGGAUCGCAUGGGCCUACAGGACAAUCUAGCACGUAUGCUCAGAGAAAGCGGGAAUUUUACCGGCGCCGAGUUUUACUUCAAGGAGCUCCUGGCAGAGGUUGAGUCAAAGCAGGGCAAAGAUCACGUGAUGGCCAUGAGUGCCUUGAACCAGCUCGCAGUCACUUUGCAGAAGGGCCACCAGAUAGAGGAGGCCAUGGAUCGGCACAGAGACUGCUUGCAGCGUCGUCGGCGAAUUCUUGGAGAGAACCACGAGGAAACUCUGCAGAGCAUCUCCAACUUGGCCGUGUUGCUGAGCUUACGCAGGCCUUUGACUGUCGAGAUCUUUGACGAAGCUCGAUCUCUGUACAGCUUGGCCGUGAAAGGUCGAGAGGCAACCAUCGGGGCAAAGGAUCCUAGGACGCUGUACACGCAGAGCAACUUCGCGCGUUUUCUGUCGGAGGCACCGGUACCUUCGGCAGAGCUCUUCGCAGAGUCCGAGCAGCUCCAUGAGCGUGCGGUGGAAAACCUCACAGCUGCUCUGCAACAGGGACACCCGCUGACGCUGGCAUCUCUUCACAACCAAGCCUGUUCUUGGAUUGACCGAUGCUUCCACGAGGAGGGCAGCCUCACAGGAAAGCGUGUCGACACAGCUGUGGAACAGCUUCGCCUGGUGCACAAGCUGCGGAUUGAAAAGCUUGGCAAGGAGCAUCCGGACACGCAGCAGACAGAAAAGAAAAUAUCAGAGAUCAGCAACCUCCAGAAACAGAUGGAGAAAGAUGGCGCCAACCAUGGAGCCAUGGAGGCUUUUGGCACAUGGCAGGAGCUUCUGCAGUCAGUUGGAACUCGUUACAUGAGAGUUGUUGUGCACAUGGCUUCGGGCAGAAAGAAAUGGCUUGAAGAGCGUCACGGGGAGGGUGUUACCCUCCCGAGCAGGGCUAGAUGA